AUGUCAAUUAGACAUAUAUAUGGUACUGGUACUACUCCUACUCGUCCUCCUGCUCUAGAAUUACCAUCGGCUAUGUCAAAGAUGAGAAUGAAUGUGGAGAAACCCGACCAGAAUAAGAAGAUGUCUUUGAUCUUCCUCAUGGCUUGUUUUAUUGGUAUUAAUUCUGGUUUCUUGAUCGGGUAUAUGACCGGUAUCAUAGGAGGGCUUAUAUUUGGGACAGGAUUCAUGACCAAUCUCUUCCCCUACGGUGCAUUCACCUAUGAUAACAUUGUAAUGUACUCCAUGGGAAUAUCUAUGGUUCAGUGGUCUGCUCUCACCACCAGCCAGUUUAUGUAUAUUUUAGGUCCAAAUAUAUUCGCUAUGGGCUUUGGCAUAAUGUAUCAGCGGCAAACAUUAUCGUUUUCUCUGAUUUUGAACACCGAACUUCUUGAUUUGUUUCUCAUGCGAGGGGCCAAAAAGGAGAAUAGUAGAUCGGGUGCUCAAGUCUAUAUGUCCGAGAUGGGUUUCGCUCAUAGAAGCUACUUACCUGCCGUGAAUAUUUCCUUUAAAAUGAUGAUCGCGAUCGGUAUCUUUGUGGCCAAUCUUGUGAACUGUGGCACCAACAGUAUCAAAGGUGGGUGGGGAUGGGAAGUUAGCAUAGGCAUUGCUGCGCUUUCUGCUGCUAUCAUCUCUAUUGGAUAUUUCUUACUCCCAGACACCCCGAUGUCCAUGAUUAAGUUAGGAAGGUUUGACGACGCAAAACAGUUGCUCCAACGCCUCCAUGGAUCAAAUCACGACGUUUAUAUACUGUUCAAUGAUUUAUUAGCCGCCAAUGAAGCAUUAAAGUCGGCGAAAGGAAGUGAGAAGCAAAUCAUGUCUAGACAACAGAACAGGCCUUACCGUGCGAUGGCUAUAGCUCUCCCCUUGUUUCAACAACUCACUGGAAUAAAUGUAAUAGUUAUCUUUGCUCCGUACCUUUUUCAAGUUAUAGGAUUUCAAGAGAGUGCAGCUCUAACAUACACAGCCAUCGUUGGAGGGGUCAAUGUUGCUGCAACUAUCAUUGGUAUAAUUGCGGUUAGUCAAGGUUACAGAAGGAUUUUCCUCAUAGCAGGAGGAGUUCAGAUAUGUGUUGGUCAGAUCAUGUUGGGGAUUCUGGUAUGGAUCAAAUUAGGAGGUGUGACGGGCCCUUCUGAUGUGUAUGACUACUUAGUUAUAGCCACCACCUGCAUUUGUGUUGCAGGAUUUGCAUGGUCAUGGGGUCCAUUAGGUUGGAUAUUUCUCUCUAGUGAUGAUAUGUUACUAUUAUAUCCCUUGGAGUUUGUAAUAUAUGCCGGUUAG